AUCGGCAUAAAAAGUAUAUAAAGCAAACGAACUUCUCGAUUACGCUACUAUAAUAUAACCCAGUAACCAAACUCUUAUGAGCAACAUCCUUUCUUGAUUCUUGAGCUGUUCCCCAUCUACUAGCGCAAUUUCAGCCAGGAACUUUAACACGAUACCCAGCUAUUAAUGCUAAUGAAAGCAAUCGAAUAUGGGAAACACCAAGAAAUGGAAGGAUGAAGACAUCAUCUUUAUAUUGACGGCAAAUCUAGACGGACUUGUUUUAGAGCACAUCGCAGAGGAGUUAUCUCGCGUGACCAAGCAAGAGGUCCCCGUAACCGCAGUUCGAUAUGUGGUGCAAACAUACGGCUACAGUGCAGAAUACGGUGCACCCUGCCUAACGCAGAUUCAAGGCCCAGAGCAGCGCCGCAAUGGAAUCAACCCUGCCGUCUACAACUUUAGCCAAUUGCCGACUGAAGAGAAUCCUAACCCAAAGGUUGUCCUGCGUAUCCCAAGACGAUCGACGCCCAAAGGUUGGAAGUUUACGAGCACACAUCUGAGCACCUUGAAGAAAGACUCACAGGCGCAGCAUGACGAGAAAGAGAAGAUGCUAAAAUCCCAUCGCGAAUGGGCACAUCUAGUCCGAAAACAACGAAAACGACCACGAACGGCGCUGCCUGAAUCCCCGCCGAUGAAGAAAUCGCGACGUGUGUCAAUGCCAUCGCUUGCAGACAUAACUGAAAAAAGGACCCUCCAGAAAGCUGAAACAUCGUCUAAGCAAGCCUUUAUAGCUAUUCCUGACGACCCAGGCGAGGGUCCUUCGAGCGAUUGGAUUGACCGUCCAGAGCCUCCGGUCAAGAUUGAGAGGUCUCCGAGCCUAAUCCGUACACCUAUUCCACGCCGACAAACAAGCAUUAUGGAUGCAUUUACUAAAGCAGCUUCAAGAGAGGAAGCUCAGAAAGCUAAAAUGGCGACAGUGUACAACCAAAAGAGAGCUUCAUUUCCUUCGGCUGAGGCUCUACGCGCAAGUAUCCGCCCUGCGUGCAAGCAAGCGGCACAAACAGUCAUCAUGAACGACGCUCAGCGGGCUAUGCAAACGACAUCAAAUCACGAUGUAUUUGGAAUUGAUGCAAUGUUACAGACUAGUCCACUUUUGACAAGACAACCUCAGCUAUGGUCGGAGAUGCAGCAACUCAAAACGGCGCCAUUCAACGGUCUACAAUAUGCCAUGCCAAACGCUCACUUGCCAACUGGGAAUAUGGGCCAACAGUUCGUCCCAGCAACUCAGAAUCCCUACCAGUUCCCAUUUACGCCAAUGACGCCUUCGAUGCAGGGUAUGUUUAAUACGAUGGACCUGCGCUCCAUGUUGAAUGAACCAAGCAGCUUGCAGGUACCUGACACGCCCAUCUCCGAAGUGCGAACCUCAACCACAGCAACAAAUGCGGAGAGCGUGGCAGCUAGUGCUUCCAUGGGAGAAGAUGCUUAG